ACCAGCCACUCAAGACCCUCUUCUCAGAGCAGCCGCCGGAACACGAGCAGAAAAUGACGGAGACGCUGACGCCGGAGCAGAUCACGGAGUACAAGGGCAUCUUUGAGAUGUUCGAUGAAGAAGGGAAUGGCUCAGCAAAAACAGACGACCUGGAGAAACUGAUGAGCCUGAUUGGAAUUAACCCCACCAAGAGAGAGCUGGUGACCAUGGCCAAAGAUGUGGACAAAGACGGCAAAGGAACUUUCGACUGCGAUGCCUUCCUGGUGCUGAUGGGGAUUUACCACGAAAAGUCCAAAAACCAGGACGAAGAGCUCCGGGCAGCCUUCAAGGUCUUCGACAAAGAGCACAAAGGCUACAUUGAGUGGGACACUCUCAAGUACGUGCUGAUGAAUGCUGGAGAGCCCCUGAAUGAGCAGGAAGCUGAACUUAUGAUGAAGGAAGCGGACAAGGACGGGGACGGAACCAUCGAUUAUGAAGAGUUUGUGGCAAUGAUGACUGGUGAAUCCUUUAAACUGACACAAUAAAGCCUGUUGGAAGAGAAA